AUGGAUUCAGAUUUUUUGGAAUUGGAAUCUAACAAAAGGAAAAAGCUAUCUAAGCAUUCCUUAUAUCAUAAUUAUGCUGAGAAUCAAAUAGAUUUUUUUAAAAAAAGUAAACAAUUUUCUGAAUCGUUAGAUGAUUCUAGUUUGGAUGAUUCUUUUUCUUAUACAAAAAGAUUACGAUCUACGAGUAUUGAUAAUCGUUCAAAAAUACCUUCAGUUUAUCAACAAACAUCUUUAAAAACACCUAAUUCUAAUCGUGCAGAUACAUCUUCUGCUACAAUUUUAACAAUUUAUUUAAAAGAAAUUGAUCCACUUGCUCAUUUAGAUGAAAUAUUAUCUCUAUUCGAAAAUACUAUUCCACAAAUGACUCAUGAAUCAUUAUUAAAAUUAGAAUCAAUUUUAUUUCAUUUACAGCAUACUAUAUGGAAAAUAUGA